GGAGCACAGAGUCAUAACCACUGCGCCACCAGGGAAGUCCCACGACAUGUACAUUCUAUCCUUCGUAUGCAUUGAUGGCAUGGGCUCCCUGUGUGUUUGGGUCCCCUUUUUCUGAAACCUCACUGCUGGUUGUACAGCUAAGAGUUGACACAGCAGGCCCAAGACUGAUAUUCUCAGAAAGGCCUGCUCACAAGAUUGGCCUUGGUGGGCUUCUGGGAAUUUGGAUUUUGAGACGGUUCCUGCCACCGUAACUAAUAAGAGUGGUAUGAGCUAGGCAGAGAGCACCCACGUGACCAGACCCCAGGAAGAACCCUAAGCCUCCAGUGAGCUUCCCUGGUAGAUACCACUUCACAUGUACCGUCACAAUUCCAUACUGGAGGAAUGAAGUCAUCCUGUGUGACUCCCCUGGGAGAGGACUGUUGGAAGCUUGCGCCUGGCUUCCUCUGGACUUCACCUCGUGCACCUCUUCCCUUUGACGAUUUUGCUUUGUAUUUUUGUGCUGUCGUAAAUCAUGGCCAUGGUUACAACUGUAUGCUGAGUCCUGUGAGUCCUAGAGAAUCACCAAAACUAGGAGUGGUCUUGGGGGUUCCAGACACACUAGUUUAUUUAUAAGUUUUCCUAACCCCUGAAACUGUCUACCACUGGGUCUUUUGGCAGAACUGAGCCGAGUCGCAGUGCUUGGUGAUUUGGUUUUGGGUGAUCGUUGCGGAGUGCAGGGGAUCACCAUGAUGUGGGUUCAAGGGCACUGGACCUAGUGUCAGAGCUGGGGGUUUGGGACCCAAUUCUGCGACCAUUGACCUCAGGCCAAUCCUUCCCCCUUCUGGGUGUCUGUCUAUUUACAAGAGAAGAGGAGUAGGUUUGAAGGCUCAGAGGGCCCUUCUUGGCUUAAGAAGUUUUGAAAUUUCACUUUUCUGCCAGCAGCUGGUAUUCUUCCCUAGUGGAAGGUUGGAGCUGGGGCAACGGUAAAGACUAAGUGUGAGUGUUUACUAGGCUUCAGCUUUUUAUUCUACUUUUCUGGUGAUAGCUUGGGAUCUUGGGAUAGGGGCAUAUCUGGAGGCUAGGGAUGACCAUCCCCGUUCUGGCUAUCAUUCCCACUUCUCAUCCUGAUUCCUGCUAAGAUACCUGUGAGGUGACUGGAAACCAUGUGUUAUGAGGAACUGAGCUUACCUAGCCUGGCAAAGCUAAGACAGUGAAAGGCAGAAGAUGGCUAAAGAGAUGGCAUGAGCCAUGUUUUUGCCAGGUCUCUGGGGAUAGGAAAAGGACCAAUGGAUAGAAACAGAUUUCGGUUGAGUAUAAAGAAGGACUUCCUUAUACCUAAGGCUGUCUAGCUUAAGUAUAAGGAUGGCGUAGUCUGGCUUGGAGGUAUUGAAGCCCCCUUAAUUCCCGCUGUUGAAGCUGAGAGUAGGGGACUGUUUGGCAGGGAUUCAAGCAUCAGAUAGGGUAUUAGACUAGGUGGCUCUGCUGGGCACUGGUCCGAGGGGAUGUGCUGUGACCCUCAGGGCUUCAGCCUAUCUUCCAAGGGUCCCUUCAUUGCUUCUAGUAUUUGACAAAACCCCAGGGACCUCAAGGAAGCCUGGCCUGGGAGAGGGUAGGGCUUUGGUCCCUAUGCCUGGUCCUGAGGCUGAGGGCAGAGGUAGCAGGGUGCUCCUGGCACUGGUUACUUCAGAGCCGGGCCCGGAAAAAUGGUGAAAUCUGGGAAGUGUGGUAUUCUAGGCCUCCACGCUAGGGCACACGGUAUGACUUGGUGAGUUUAUGUUGCUGUGUUUUUCCCUACCAGGGAGAUUUUUUUAUGCCCAGCCUUCUCAACCGUGGGGCAAAAGGCUUUGCUCCUUGUUAAAUGGAUUUUAGUGUUUGUCAGACGGGUGGGAAGGUGUGGGGAGAUACAUCUGGUCGUUACAGUGACCAUAUUUUCUGGAUAAAAAGUAUCAAGACACAUAGUUGUGACACAAGCGGACAAUGGCAAAAAAUACUUGAAAUAGGGGCUAUUCCGAAAAAUCCUAGGAUGCCAGGUUAUUAUACCUUGAUUGUUUAGCUGCAUGUAUUCUCUUGGAGUCCAACACUUGCUUUUUCCAUCAUGUCAGAGUCCCCGGAGCCAGCUGUGUCCAAUUGUAUGUACAUGUUCGUUCUCAGAGGCACUGGGCCAGUCCUGUCAUGGUUUUCUACAAAGCUUGAAUUGCCUGUCAUUUUCCCCUCCAUUUAAAAGACUUGAAAUAAACACUGAGAGGAAUGAGUCAUGAUGAGUGGGUUUGGUUUGGAUGUGACUUCUUGGGUGUGCCUGUCCCCGUGGACCUGGCCUGUUGCCCACAUGUCUUAAGGAUGGUGUAGUAGAAAGAGUGCUUCAUUGCAAACCGAGAAGCUGAGUUUUGUCCUGCUUUGCCGCUGACUCACUCUGCAGUUCUGGGCCAACCCCUUCUCUCCUCUGAGUUUCAUUAUCUUCUUAGGGGCUGUGAAAGGGCACAUCAAGAAUGUGUUUGGCUACAUGAAGCAGAAAAUGAAACCAACAGGGAUUCUUCUUUCUCACAUAACAAGAAGUCCUGAAGUCAGCGCCAGGGCUGGUGUGGUGGCUCCACGAUGAAGCAAUUUCUCUCUCUCUCCUUUGCAGUUCUUGACUUUGUCUUCAUACUGGGUGCCUCCUGGUUACAAGAAGGCUGCUCUGAUUCCUUGUCUGUCUUUGGACUGGAAGAAGAAGGAAAUGAGAGGGCAGUUUGACAGCUGUAUUCCCUGAACCAACAAUGCAAAAGUUUUCCCAGCUUAUAUCUUAGUUUGUGGUCACCCCUAGUUACAAGGGAAUAUGGGGGAAGCAAAUCAUUUUAGCUGACUGGGCUCACUGCCUCUCAGAACAAGCCUGGGAUUCUAUUCACAAGUGCUUCAGUUAUUUAUUGCCACCUAACAAACCAUCCCCAAACUUAGCGACAUAACGCAGCGCAUUCUUUCUUUUUAUUUUUUCCCCAAAGCCCCAAUCCUGAAGUCAUCAACAUUAACACAGUGCAUUCUUUCUCACAGUUGUGUGGCUUUGUGGGUUGGCUGGGCUUAACCGGGCAGUUCUUAUACCCAGUGGCACAGCUGAGGUCCUUCAUACAGCUGGGAGCUCCUUGGCAAGUUCCACGGUGGCUGGAAUGUCCAGGAUGGCCUCUCCUCCUCCAGGUUCUCUCUCCGGAGGCGUCUCACUAUCCCGCAGCCUAGCCCAAGUGCUUUGCAGCACGGUGGCUGGUUUCCAAGAGGGAGUGUUCAAGCCCCAGUACGCAAGUGUUGCUCAAGCCUCUGCUUGCAUCAUACUUGGCUGGUGUCCUGUUGGUCAAAGCAAGUCAUCCAGUCGAGCCCAGAGACAGUAUGGGAGGGGGCUACCCAAGAGCACGUACUCCAGCAGCCAGCAGUGCUGAUGUCGACCACAAGUUUGGCGGUGAAUGUCCUGCCGACCCCCUUCCGUGUGAAGAGCUGUGUGAUGGGGACGCAUCCUGUCCUCAGGGACAUAAGUGCUGCAGCACCGGCUGUGGCCGUGCCUGCCAUGGAGGCAUUAAGGGAGGGCGGGGUGGUGACUGUCCAAAACUUUUGGCGGGCCUGUGCAUUGUCAGCUGCAUGGUGGAUGAGAACUGCCCAGCUGGGGAAAAGUGCUGCAAGUCAGGCUGUGGCCGUUUCUGUGUCCCACCAAUCCUGCCAGCCCAGCUGGCCCUGAACCCCAACCGGACCAUCAGGUCUAAUUUUGAAUUAGAGAGCCCGGUGCCCUAGCUGUCCUGAUGUGUCCUGAGUUUCUCUGGUGACUCCAGGGGGCUUGUCCUGGUAGCCAGGAGAGGAUGAUGUCCUGGGGCUUGUGACACCCCCAGGGACUGUCAUUGCCCUCUCUGCUCUGUUUCUGUUCUUGCUGCUGCCCUGAGCGUAGGAAACCCAGCCCUGGGCUUGGGCAGUGGGUGUGUGGUGCUUCUUUUCCCCAAUAAAGGCUGAUGCUGA